CGCGUCGUCUGCCAUAGUGUGAGCUUGGCCGUCGUGGAGGUAGGGUGUUAUCCUCCGCUUAGUGUGACUCGUGAUCCGUAUUACUCACGGUAUAAUCCUGUCCAAGCGAAUCCUGUGAAAAUAAGUCACACCAUUUCGGAUAGAACAAAAACAAAACAAAGUGUAUCAACAAAAUUAACAAUAAAAACAGACCUUGUUAUGUGGAACUAUUGCAUACAAGAACAACAACAAUAGACAAAGGAGAAAAGAAAGGAAAAGAAAAGAGAGUGAGAGAUAAGAUGGCUCACCCUUCCCUGAUCAAGAGCAUCGGGGAGAAGGUCCUAGGCCACAACGGCUUGGUUGACCUCAACGAUGUUUGUGGUCCUGACAGAGUGAUUGGUCUCUACUUCUCCGCUCACUGGUGUCCUCCCUGCAGGGUCUUCACGCCUCAGCUGGUGGCCUUCUACAAUCUGAAGGAGAACACGAAGCACCAGCUGGAGGUCGUGUUAGUGAGUAGUGACACGGAAGACACGGCGUUCCAGGACUACUUCAGCGACAUGCCUUGGCUGGCUCUUCCCUUCACCGAGACAAAGAGAAAGAUCCGCCUGUCACGGCAGUACCGGGUGACGGGGAUCCCCACACUCGUCUUCAUCGACAGUCGUAGCGGCCGCCUGCUGACCAAGGCUGGAAGGGAGAUGGUGACCAGUGACCCCGAGGCACUCACCUUCCCCUGGAGGCCGCGACCUAUAGGUGACCUCUUGGCCUCCACCAGCCUUGUGGACACUCAGGGUCAACAAGUCUCCUACGACACUGUCAAGGACUCCUACAAAGGCCUCUACUUCUCUGCUCACUGGUGCCCCCCAUGUAGGGCGUUCACCCCUCAGCUGGUGACCGCUUAUGAGAAGAUCAACAACAAGGAACACACCUUUCAGAUUAUUUUCAUUAGUUCUGACAGGAGUGAGGAGUCAUGGCAGACAUACCACAGCACUAUGCCCUGGUUGAGUAUGGCCUGGGAGGAGAAGGAUGCCCGUCAUGAACUCGCCAGUAGUCUAGAGGUUAAGGGCAUCCCAACUUUAGUCAUUCUUGGUCCAGACAACUCCAUCAUCACCAUAGAUGGGCGCACUGAACUCUCAGAGGAUCCUGAAGUUGAGAGGUUCCCAUGGCGGCCACAGAGUGUAGAGGUGCUGGCAGAGCGACACAUGUCUCGUCUUCAGGAGAGCCCUUGCCUGGUGCUCUUCACAGAUGGGGAGACAACAGAGCUGCAGUUUGGGAGAGAUGUUCUGCUGCCUGUGGCUGAGGAGUACCUGCUGGAGCACUCACUGGAAGGAAGUCUCGCUCUGCAGUUUUUCGUCGCUGGGGAGGAUGAAGUUGCAGAUAGUGUGAGAGACUUUGCCUGCCUGGAGGACGUGGUGCCCCUAGUGGCCAUCCUCGACCUGUCAGAAGGUGCCAAGUUCUUGUUAGAAGAUGGUGUUGAGGUCUCCACUGCCACCGUCCACAAUUUUGUUACACGGUACACUAAUGACAAACUCAGUUCACUGCCCAUUAGACCCGUCACAAGCAGUGCUACCAACACAAGCUAACACAGCCUUAUGCCUUAUGUAGUGCUUUGAGGCAGAGUGAUGUUAGGUUGGUAACUCUACACAAUAUCUUGGAUAUGAUCAUAUUUGUUAUUACAUUAAUAACUACUAUAUUGGUUCUUUACAAAGUCCCUUGAUGUUUAUGUUUACAAGGUCCCUUGAUUUUUAUGUUUGCAGAGGCCCUUGAUACCUAUGUUUACAGAGUCCCUCGAUGUUUAUGUUUGUAAAGUCAUUUUAUGUUUAUGUUUUCAGAGUCCCUUGAUGUUUAUGUUAGCAGAGACCCCUGAGGAAGUUAUACAUCCAAAAUAUGGUUAUGUACAGGUAUUCAUAAUUUUCUUCAUAUAACUUUAUAGUCUUUUCACUCUUGACUGUGACUCAUAUUUGCAGGUGAAAUUGUAAAGAAAGUAUCACACUCAUCCAUUAUACAUUUCAUACAUUACACCUGAAGAUCAGAGACACAGUUGACAUUUGGAAGGACUACAGUUAUAUGCAGUAAAUGAUGGAGUACUUUACUGUACAAACCCAAGUUUUAAAUGUACAUUGUUCAAAGAACAUUAUAAACACAAACAACAAGGGACUUUGUAAACACUGUGUACUGUAUAGGUUUUUGCAAUGUUACUGGGUAAGUGCUGGAUGAAUAUUAGCUAAUAAAUUACUGUUCUGUUAUGCAUUACAGCUGAUUUUGCUUGCUAUAACAUGUAUAAAGUAUGAGAGAUAGACAAUCAAGGAUAAACACUGACUACUACUGGUAAACAAACCCUCAUUAAAAGUAAACACAGAAACUUGUUUUAGAAUGAUAAGAUUUCUAUCCAUUGAUGUCCUCUUCAGCUGUGAGCACAAGAGUAAAACUACAGGUUAUAAAUUCCAGAUAGGUGAACCAAAUUGUCUGACUUGUUAUGAGAAGAAAUGGAUUUAAGAAAGAAGAAGUACGGUACUGUAUGUGUUGAGAAUGAAAGUAGGGAAAAAUGGCACAGGAAAAAAUUGGCAUAAACCCCGGACAACUCCCCCAGGACAUAAAAAUAUUUUAAUAUUUUUUAAAAGUAAAUUAUACAGGAGUACAUUAAUACUGUACUAGCAUUAUAAAUAUUUAACUAUUACCUGUAUACAGAAGCACAUAUUAACACAAACAUAAAAAUGGACAUUAUAAGAGGAUCUUCAUGCUGUAUCUAGCCAAAGUCAACAAUCAAAUAAAGCACAAUAAUCUAGAGUUCAUAAAAUGUUCAAGUUCAUUUAGAUGUAAUUUUAUAUCCAACUGAUGCUGCAGACACUCUGGGGAGGAUUUUAUUUAAGAUGUUGGGUUCCAUCUUUUAUAAUUGUAUUUAGAUCAUAUUAAUACUGUACAGUAUACCUGUAUCGUAAUACAAGGUGGUGACCGACCCAAGGUGAUGCAAAUUUUUAUUUGACUUGACAAGUGAGAAGAGUUGUCAUGUUGGUGCCAAAAUUACUGACCAUGUCAAAUGUGUUGGCCAUGUGACCUUAAUCUGACCUUUCUUUACCUGAAAUCCAAAUGAUGCUUUUGAAACUUUGUGUCACCUUACUGUUUACAGUACUGUAUAUCCAAUGUAAUCAGCAUUUGUAUUUUUUUUAUCUUGUCUACAGUACAGUACAGUACUGUAUUCUGUAUUAUGUAUAUUGCAUUAUUGUUGAAAAUUCUAUUGUAGUAACCUACUAAUAAAGUCUGUGAGAGACCUUGAGAAACAUAUACUAUCUUGUGCCACUUUUUUUACAUUUGACAAGUGUGCCUUUAAUUCCUGUGCCAUUUUUCCAAGUACUGUACUGUUGAGCAUGGGAUGAGGAUGAGCUGUUUACCUUGUGUAAUAAAGCUGUAAAGAUAACCUAUGCGCAGGUAUGUAAGGACAGUUCUCGAGGUGAGGUAACACUUGAUGGUGACUUGACACAUACGUCAUUGGUGGUACUGUAUCAGCAGAGGUCAGAGCUCACAGGUUUACUUUGUAUGUACUGUAUUGUAUUGUUUUUAUGUACAGAGUCAUCAAAAAUGAAUACCCAGAAUUAAAUACUGUAUACAGAUAUAACCAUAUAAUAUUUGGGCAUUGUUUUUGAUGACCCUGUCUGUUUGUGUCAGUUUCCAAGGUUGGCAUAAAUAUUACUGUGAAUCUUUCCUACUAACACCUUGACUAUUAUCUUUAUUACUUUGUUGAUUAUAAAACCAGUUAA